AUGCCCCCUCCCCGACGCCCCGCGAGGACGCCCGCGAGGACGCCCGCGUCCUCCUCCUCCUCCUCCUCGGAGACGCACCGCGUGCACGAGAUCGCGACCCUCGGGCGCGCGGACGACGCGACCGCGCGCCGUCUCCUCGAGCGGUGCGCGUGGCACGUCCAACCCAUCAUGCGCGCGCGUCGAUGGCGCGUCGCGACGCUCCUGGAGAUGAAACCCGAGCAGCGCGACCGCGUCGGGGACAACUACAACCGCGGCGAGCGCGUGCGGAUAAAGCUCCGGAACCCCGCGAGCGAUACGGGGUGGUACGACCUCGGGCACGUCGUUCUCGUGAUGCUCCACGAGCUCGUGCACAACGACAUCGGGCCGCACAACAGGGCGUUCUUCAAGCUCCUGGACGAGAUAACCGCCGAGUGCGAAGAUCUCACGGCGAGAGGCGUCGGCGGCACGGGCGUCGGAUUCGACGCGCCCGGCGCGAAGCUCGGGCACCGCGGCGGGUGGGGCGGGCUCGAGACGCGGUCCGCGAAGGACGCGGCGAAGGACGCGGCGGAGAGACGCGCGAGGGCGAGCGCGGUGAUGGGACCGCCGGGUGGGCGAAGGCUCGGAGGCGGGGAGACGACGGAGGAGAUACGAAAACCGGCCGCCGCCGCCGCCGCCGCCGCCGCCGCCGCGGAGCGACGCGCGCGCGGGGAGGAUUUCGCGCAGCGGUGGGGGUUGCUCGACGACGUCGUCGUCCUCUCGGACGACGACGACGACGACGUCGUGUGUGGAGACGCGCCGCCGCCGCCGCCGCCGCCGCGGGCGAGGAAAGUCCUUAAGGAUCGGCGUUCACCGCGCCGACGCGGUCGCACGGGGACCAGUGCGAACGGAGUGGAGAACGGUCGCGGCGUCGCGAGGACGUGCCCGUGCUGCGCCGCGGCGCUCGACGCGCUCGACGCGCGGGCGGCGGACGCGCACGCGAGGACGUGCGAGGAGAUGGCGGAGGGCGCGAAGGGCGAGGGGGUGAAGACGGAGAAGAAACGCGACCGCGGCGCCGCGGCGACGGGCGACGACGUCAUCGUCAUCGACGACGACGACGACGACGACGACGACGGGCGCCGCCGCGGACGCGGACGCGCCGCGGCCGCGGCGGCGUGGCGGUGCCGCGCGUGCACGCUCGAUAACCCCGCGGACGCGUCCAACUGCCGCGCGUGCGAGACGUGGCGAUUCUCGCGAGGCGCGCCGGCCGCGUCGCGACCGACGAUAGGAUGA